UGAUGAUGAUCCACUUAAAUAUGGUUACAGAUUGAUUGAUUUUUUGACAUUGACAAAAAAUUUUGUUUUCUUCAAUUACCAUCCCAUAAACAUAUAACAUAUCAAUCGUGUUUUUAGACUUGAUUUUCUCAUCAUUUUUAUGUCUGUCUCUCUUUGUGUGUGUUUUUAAAAAUACGAAAAAAUGGUCGACACAUUCAAAAGUUUAUUAGGAUUUGAUACAUCCAUUUUAACUGCAAAUCAUGAUACAACAACAAUAAGGGAACCAUUAUUAAAUGGACAACAGCAACAAUCAUCAUCAAGUUCCUCAUUUUAUCCAAAAAUUCGUAAUAAUCAUAAUAAUCAUGUGAAUGAUUCUACAUCUCAACAACAACAACCAUCAUCUGCAUCAUCGUUAUCAUCAUCAACAUUAUUGACAUCAUCAUCAUCGAUAAAUUCUACAUAUUUAAAUCCAACAGCAACAACAACAAAGAUUUCUAACCGAUCUAAUGGUUCAUCGAAUCAAUCUUAUGAUUUUAUUGAUCCCAAUAAUGGUUCAAGUCGAAAUAGUUCUCGCCAAAAUAAUGGUAAUGGUGGUGGUGGUAAAAUUACCUGGAUAAUGGGUGCAUUUUUAUUGAUAAAUGCAGCUCUUGGUGCUGGUUUACUUAAUUAUCCGGUUGCAUAUGAUCGUCUUGGUGGUAUUGUUUAUGCGACGAUCAUCCAAAUGUUUGCGGCAGUUUUAAUGAUGACCACUAUUCUGAUAUUGAUUUAUUGUGCCCAAAUCAAUAAUGAAGAUUCUUAUCACGGUGUUAUGCGUACGAUGUGCGGACCGCGAGUGAUGCGUAUAUCCGCCGCAUCAAUUGCUAUAACUUGUUUUGGAAUCUGUGUGACAUUUGUCAUAAUUAUUGGUGAUCAAUUUGAUCGGAUAUUUGCAACGUAUAUUGGACGUGAAUUUUGCCGUUAUUGGUGGGCAAAUCGUUUUUUCACUAUGUCCAUUACAGCUAUCAUGGUUACAUGGCCAAUGUGUUAUUUUCGAAGAUUAGAUUUCCUUCGUCAUAUCAAUGUAUUGGGUGUUAUAGCUAGUUUUUAUAUAAUAUUCUUGAAUAUUUAUUCCUACUAUAAUCAUGAACGUGAUCCAUUUCAUACGUAUGAAAUACGUACUAGCCCUGAAUCGGCAUUAGAAUUUAUUGCUGCAUUACCAGUGGUGUUUUUUGCAUAUCAAACACAUGAAAUUGUCAUUCCUGUUUAUGAUUCAAUGUCCGAGAAAAAUAUUCAAAAUUUCUCCAAAUCCAUACUGGUAUCAAUGGCAUCGUUACUUGUACUGUAUUGUUUAGCUGGUUCAUUUGGUUAUCUGACAUUUGGAUCGAAUGUUGCACCAGAUAUAAUGUUAAUGUAUAAUGCAAAUGAUCCAAUUGUAUUGGCUGGUAUUGUAGCAUUAAUAGUGAAAAUGAUUACAACAUAUCCGCCAGUUGUAUUCUGUGGUCGUGAUACAAUUGUUCGUAUCGUUUUAAGCCGUUAUUAUGGACAACAAUAUCGUUCCGGUUAUGAAUGUAUUUCCAGUGAUGAUAAUGGUGGAAUAGAAUCACCAGAAAAUACAUUUGAACGUUAUGAACGUCGUUGGAAUAUAAUCAUCACUACUAUAUGGAAUGUAGCUGUACUUGUAUUGGCUAUAGUUAUACCAAACAUAACGAUUGCAAUCGGAUUUCUUGGAUCACUUGCAUCAUGUAAUGUUUUCAUAUUUCCAGGUAUAGCCUUGUUUUCAUUAAUCAAAAGAUAUCGAAAAUUUGGCCAUCAACAUCAACAACAGUCUAAAUUUAUUGAUAAUACAACAUCCGUUCAAUUGCCUGUUCAAUAUGGUGUCGUUGUGGACGACGAUGAUGAUGAUGAAAUUGAUACAAUGACCAAUCAAACUAGACGAUCAUCAUGGUUCACCAAUUGGUUUAAUCUACAAAAACAAUGGUUACAGAAUAUCCUUUUAGCAUAUGCAUUAUUCAUAAUUAUGAUGGGAAUCAUUAUGUUUAUUAUAAUUCUAAUACAAGUUUAUCAUGAUUUUCAACAACAAUCUGAACAUGGUGCUGUUUGUGAUUUAGUUUCAAUGAUUCAAAAUAAAAAUACAAAUAACACAACAGCCACCACCACCAACACCACCACCAGUGCCAGCGUCAGUACAAGCAGCAACAGUUCAAAUUAUAUUUCCUAGUUCCGUUCCGUGUCAACGAUACAGAUCAAACACAUACACAUUGGAUCUACAAAACACAAUAAUCUAUUUUUUCUUCGCAUUAAAAAACAAAUGAAAAAUUUUUUGUAAAUAAUUUCUAUAGAAAUGAA